UAAGAGAAAAACGAACAAAGCACCAACUGUCAUUGUUAAGCACAUCGACAUAGGAAGUAAAGUUUAUUUUGUACUUCUAAAAUACUGAGGCGAAAUGAAUUGGUUCAAUAAUCUAUGCGAUGAAAGCCGCUUAAAGUUUUUCCCCAAUCUUCCGACACUCAAAGCUAAGCGUAAGUACGGAGUGGAUCUGAUGAGUGCAGAUGAGUGCUAUAGUUUCAUAAAGAAAAACCUGAAGACUAGAAACGUUGUAGAAGAAGAGUUGUUAUGGAAAGUCCCCGUACUUCUCGUGUGCCUUGGCUGCAUAAUAGUCAUACUGUGUGCCUUUUGUUUCGCAUUUCAGUGCUUCAUAACGAAGAUACAGUCCGCCAAGAUGCCAAAGCACUUCGAUUUUGACAUAUGUGAAGUUGGAAAAUCACAGAAUCCACCACCAAACCACAAGGCGAGUCAAAGUGAUCACCCAACGAAGAAGGGAAAAACUUGCUGUACUUGUUUAAAAUGAAAUAUAUAUAUGUAG